AUCACCAACCUCUCUCUCUCUCUCUCUCUCGGCACAUACUUUUAAAUAGCUGUGCUUAGGAGGAGUUGAAUGGGCUCAUUCACUGAAAAGAUGGAGAGAAGGAACAUACGGGCAGGGCUCGAGACGGCGGCACUGGUGCUCGCCGCACUUUUGGUCGUAGAUGCGCAGGCACAAGACACGUCCUGCCUGAGUCAGUUAGCUCCUUGCCUGAACUACCUCAACGGGACUCGCGACCCGCCGAGCGCUUGCUGCGACCCUCUGAAAUCCGUGAUAAGCUCGGACCCUGGAUGCCUGUGCAGCUUGAUCAGCAACCAGGGAGCUGCCCAGGCCGAGCAGGCCGGCAUCAAUGUGACCGAGGCUCAGCGGCUGCCCGGUCGGUGCGGGCAAAACGUCAAUCCCAUCGCUUGCCUAUCAGGUUCUCCCAGUUCCGGGAAUUCAGAUGAAAAUGCGGCCGGUCUCUUUCCGGGUUCGUCUUUGAGGACGCCGAUGGCGAUCAUAGCUCUGUCGGUGGCUGCUCGGAUUCUGUGGGAUUAGAACAGUCUGGUUUCCUUCGUCAUGCUUCGACUGACUGAUCUGAGUCUGUACUAUGGUUUUUGCUUUCAAUUUUUCCAUUCUUGAAGUAAAUUGUCUUGGUUUCACAGGCUGUGAAUUUGAAAGAAUUGCAUGUUGA